AUGCCACCCGCCGCCGCAGAGGGACCGAGCGCGCCCCAAGGGCCCGUCGCGGCGCCACCGUUGACCACGCCUGAGACGGCCACGCCCGAGGAGCUCGAGCGCGCCGCCGUCACGAUUUCUGUCGCUGACCUCGAGGAGCGCGUGGCGGAUACUCGUGAUUCGUGGGAGACGGAUUCAAUGUAUGAAGAUAUCCUGGAGACCCUAGAGCAGGAAUCAGGCGACACACCGGGGAGCUGCACGCCGGAAGAGGCCAGUCGCCUGCGUCGCGAACUACGUGAAUACGGACCCGUGGUGUUCGCCCAACGCACCCUCGACUCGGGUCGGUACACAGCGCGCAAGCUCCUCACGGCCUUCAACCUCAAAGCUCCCGCCUUCUUGGACGACUGUCCAGACGAGGACUUUCAUCCUCUCCUCACGGUGGCCAUUACGCGGGAGCUUGCCAAGCGGGCCAAGCUCACGCGCUACAACACCGUCAACGACGCCGUGCACUUGCUGCAGCGGUCCUCCAACGUGAUUGUGCUCACGGGGGCGGGCAUCAGCACCAGCCUCGGCAUCCCCGACUUCCGCUCCAAAGGCACGGGUCUGUACUCCAAGCUCGAGCACCUGGGCCUCAACGACCCGCAAGAGGUCUUUGACAUCCACACGUUCAAGGACGACCCGACCAUCUUCUACUCGGUGGCCAAGGACAUCAUCCCCUCCACGGACCGCUACACACCCACACACAAGUUCAUCGCCAUGCUGCACGAGCGCGGCAAGCUCCUAACCAACUACUCACAGAACAUUGACAACCUAGAGAUUGUCGCCGGCGUGCCCAAGGACAGGCUGAUCCAGUGCCACGGCUCGUUUGGUGGCGCGACCUGCGUCGAGUGUGGCUACAAGACGGCCGGCGAGGACAUCUUCCCCGACAUCAGGGCGGGCGUCAUCCCCAAGUGCCCCAGGUGCAUCCAGCGUCUCCGUCCCGCGGCGCCAAAACGGAAGCGAUCCAGCGAGGGGCCGAAUGGGCGCCGACGGAGACGCAAGAAUGGGCAUAACGACGAUGACGACGACGACGACGACGACCCGGCCUACGACAUCCCGCAGGCCGGCGUCAUGAAGCCGGACAUUACCUUCUUCGGCGAGGACCUACCCGACGAGUUUUCAAAACGGCUGACGGAGCAUGACCGCGAAAAGGUAGACCUGGUCGUCGUCAUCGGGACGAGUCUCAAGGUGACGCCCGUGAGCGAGAUUGUCGGCUGGCUGCCGUCGCACAUUCCGCAGCUGUACAUCUCGCGGCAGGCCGUGACGCACAUCAACUUUGACAUUGACCUGCUGGGCGACUGCGACGUCGUCGUCGAGGAGCUGUGCCGGCGGCUGGGCUGGGAGCUGAAGCACGAGAUGGUGGCGCCCGGGCGUGUCACUGUCAAGACGGAGGAGGGCUACAAGAGUCGACAUGUCUUUACAAAGGAGACGUCGGAGUAG